AGUCCUUUGUCUCGUCAUUAGUAGAAGUUACGCUAUUUUCCUCAAACUGAAAAUGUUUUAGUAACUUAUUACUUACUUUUGAGUUAUGCUGCGUCUCUGCGUAUGUCACGUAUCCAUGCAUGUAAACAAUUGAAAGUGCCCCUUCAUCUUGCGAACAUCUCAUUGGCGAAACAGAUUAUUUGGUUAAACGUAUACUUAUCGAAGUGAAAGUGUUGCUCAGCCUACAAAAACGUCGCAAUUGGUAUGUGAACAAUGAAUGCUAGAACUCAGGUUUUCGAAAUGGCACUGGAGGGGAGACAGGUGGAGGAAGCUGUUUCAAGUCUAUUCCACACAUUAUUAUUCCAUAGAACCUUAGGAAAAUUUCACUAUAAACAAGAAGGAAAUUACUGUGUAGGGACAGUUGGGUAUGAAGAUGCUGACUGUGACUUCAUUGACCUAACAUACGUGCGGUGUAGUUCUGGUGAUAUAAAAAAAAUUGUUAAUAAAGAAGCAACAGCGUUUAGCGAGUGUCUACGAUCACAAGAGCGAGAAACACAAGGUCAGGCCAGGUCUGGCCAUAUAUCGUUGACUUUCUACCAAAUUAAAAAGGCAAGAUGGCCAUUUCCAUCAGAGAGUAUUCCUUGGGAAGUGUGGAACCUAAGGAUGGAAAUAAUGACACUCGCUAGCGAAAUUGAACGGCAGCUUUACCGGGAAAAAGUUGGAGAGCUGUUGGCAGAGAAAAUCUUGUACAUCGCCGAGUCGAUGAACCGUCCUUCUUAUGUGCCCAAGAUGCCCAACCAACCCGAGCUGGAUCUCAUCUUUGACACCAGUUUCGUAGACAUCCAACCCUAUUUGUUCAAGAUCUCGUACGGAACAUCGCCGCCGUCAACAUCGAUGGGAACUACCGUACGUCGACUACUCAAGGACACCCUCUCUAUUUAGAGUUAUUGCGAAUGAAAUGAUAUUUAGGUUAAAUUUGAUAUAUUGUAAAAAAAAAAAACAAAAAAAAAACAAAGAUGCACGAGGCCAUAGUUCAAUUUAACAUGUUCCAGCUCACAUUUUCCCGAUCGCCCUUCAUAUGUUGGAUAACCCUCACAACGGACGUAUAUGGGUAUUCACGUUUAUUCCGUGUUGUGGCUUUUGUAUAAAAUUGUGUACCGAGCAGUUCGUGAACAGAGUAGGAAGAAUUAUUCGCUUAUCUUCCUACCUGUUAACCAUGCGUUUUCGUGGCUGGAGUCCAAUGUUAGUCAAUACGUGAAACAUAAUGUGUCAUGUCAAUUUUCUAGGUUAACCUGUAGAACCACAACCUAUGUUUCAAGGUGGAAUAUAGGAAUAUGCAUUGCUAAAAGAAAAGGGUCAAGUUUUAUUGCUCAAAUUGCAAUACCAUUAUUUAAUGGGACAGUAAAACACGAUCGAGAUUUUGAGAGAAAGAAUAUAAACCUUUUAGAGUU